CAUAUAAGUACAGGGAGAGAGCAGGGCCAUCUGCAGCGCUCCGCGUUCCAGCGCCCGCGGCCACGCAGCCAGACGCAGCCAGCGAGCCUUCCCUGCUUCACCACCACUGCUUCAGCUGAUAACAGAGAUGAUAAUAUAAAAGCAUUUAUUUAAAGAACUGAAAGGCUGUCCAACUGCAAAGUAAUAACUAAUGGAUAAAACAGAGAAGGCAGAAGACUUGACACUAACCAAUCACCCAGGUAAAGAGGAAGCCCUGCGCCUGAGAAUGGAAAGCACUCUAGACCUUUAACGCCUUCACGAAUAGCACAACAGUCGAACCCAGAAAGGAAUAAACUUAUUAUAAGAUGUUCAACUCAAGUACAAACUCAUCGGAAAACAACUGCAGCCACAGCACAGUAGUAACUAAGAAAGUCAUUCCACUGGUUUACUGUUUAAUUUUCAUAGGAGGACUCUUGCUGAACAGUAUGGCAGCAUGGAUCUUCCUGUACGUUUCUAGCAAGAAGAGCUUCAUCAUCUAUCUCAAAAACAUUGUCAUUGCCGACCUUUUAAUGAGCCUGACAUUUCCUUUCAAAAUUCUGGCCGAUUCGGAAAUUGCACCUCCACAGCUCAACACUUUUGUGUGUCGAUACUCUGCUGUUGUUUUUUAUACAAACAUGUAUAUUGGAAUAACGUUUUUUGGCCUCAUAGGUUUUGACAGAUACUACAAAAUUGUAAAGCCUUUAUUUACCUCCGUUGUUCACACAGUUAACUAUAGCAAGGCUAUCUCCAUCAUCAUAUGGCUACUGUUAAUAUUUUUAUCACUUCCAAAUAUGAUUUUGACUAAUGAAAUUACUAAAGCAAAUUAUUCCAGAAAAUGUAUAAGUCUUAAAAGUGAGCUUGGCAGACAGUGGCAUAAGGUGUCAAGCUAUAUUUCCAUAGGAAUUUUCUGGGUUGUGUUUCUUCUGUUAAUUGUUUUUUACACCUCAAUAUCAAAAAAGAUAUAUAGCUCCUAUAAAAAGUUCAGAAAGAACUCAGACAUGACCAAGAAAAAAACCAGUCGUAAUAUAUUCAGUAUCAUGUUUGUAUUCAUCAUUUGCUUUGUACCAUACCACCUCUGCAGAAUACCAUACACUCUAAGUCAAACUAGCUCCCGAUUCAACUGCCAGUCAACAAAAGCUCUCUUCUAUGCAAAGGAGUUCACGCUCAUCUUAUCUUCUGCAAACGUGUGCCUUGAUCCCAUUAUUUAUUUUUUCCUCUGCUUGCCCUUUAGAGAAAAGCUGUAUCAAAAACUGCAUUGCAAGCUGAAAACUUCAGGUGAGGUUGAAAUUUCUAAACCCAGAAGGUCAAACACUCUUCGGGAAAGUAUAAACAUUGUGUAAGGUCAGACGGGUAAAAAUAACGCAUGCUUUUCAAGGAAGACUGCAAAUGUCUCAAAAAAGAAACUGAACAAAUGAGAAUCUGCAAAAAAGGUUUUGGCAUAAAAUACCAAUUAACAGUUCUCUGUAUAAAAACAUUAUUGCUUACUACCACUAUAUUUACUACUGGCUACUUCAGCUGAUGAUACGGUUGUAUUACGGUGUGAUAUGACCUAUGUGGAUCUCAAAAGGAGAGAGGAAUAACUGGAACAAAAAAUCGUGGAGCUCCAGGCUACGGUCCUCAGAAAGGAUUAUCCAACAGACCUAGCAAUCAAACUGAUUUGCUUUUGUUUUGUAUGAAGCCAGGCAUGAGCACAAACCCGCCCGAAGGGGCUGCGAACAGCUGAUUGUCCAUCUCCAUUGGAACAGAUUCCUCAGAAGCAACACUACAAAGUUCACCACAAGUCUGUCUGAUUUGGCCUCUACCAGCCGAUAAAAGGGUACUGAGACCCUGAGGGAAGAUCUCUCAUGCAUUUACAAGCUCACAAAGCAAAGCACCAGAGACAACGCACAGCUCAUUUCCAACAACUGCAAAAAAAGAUUGA